AUGUGCGACGACGAGGAGACUACUGCUUUGGUGUGCGACAACGGCUCUGGCCUGGUGAAGGCUGGCUUCGCCGGAGAUGACGCACCGCGCGCUGUCUUCCCCUCAAUCGUGGGUCGCCCACGUCACCAGGUAGAGUACUUCACCUGAAGCUGCUGUGUGAAAACAAAAUAAAUUGAGUUCGGUUAUUAUUGUCUGUAAAAUCACAACAUCACUUUGGAACCUUGGCGAGCCAUGUGUAAAUGCCACUCAGACGCCAUUUGAUAGGCUAUCAUAAGCCACGUUCAUUCAGACCUAUCCUUGCGUUUUCUCAGGGCGUCAUGGUCGGUAUGGGUCAGAAAGAUUCCUAUGUCGGUGACGAGGCCCAGAGCAAGAGGGGUAUCCUGACCCUGAAGUACCCCAUUGAGCACGGCAUCAUCACCAACUGGGAUGACAUGGAGAAGAUCUGGCAUCACACCUUCUACAACGAGUUGCGUGUGGCACCUGAGGAGCACCCCACCCUGCUGACAGAGGCUCCCCUCAACCCAAAAGCCAACAGGGAGAAGAUGACCCAGAUCAUGUUUGAGACCUUCAACGUCCCCGCCAUGUACGUGGCCAUCCAGGCCGUGCUGUCCCUUUACGCAUCUGGACGUACCACAGGUAUGAUUGAUAGAUAAGUAGUCUUCAGCCAUGACCAUCUGAAAGGUCUUCUUCAAUGCUAACAUAUAUCGCCACACUUUUUCAGGUAUUGUCCUGGACUCGUGCCCAUCUAUGAGGGUUAUGCUCUGCCCCAUGCCAUCAUGCGUCUGGAUCUGGCCGGUCGCGACCUCACAGACUACCUCAUGAAGAUCCUGACCGAGCGUGGCUACUCUUUCGUAACUACUGGUACACACGGGACAUGGGCAAUAUUAACCGUAUGAGGAAUGAGGAAAAGCAUGAAAUUCGGCAAAAAUGAUAUGCCACAAAUGUUAGCCUAUAUUUUUCAAUAACAAUCAAAUGCCACACUUGAAACCCAACAGCUGAGCGUGAGAUAGUGCGUGACAUCAAGGAAAAGCUGUGCUACGUGGCUUUGGACUUUGAGAAUGAGAUGGCCACCGCUGCCUCCUCCUCCUCCCUGGAGAAGAGCUACGAGUUGCCCGACGGUCAGGUCAUCACCAUCGGUAACGAGAGGUUCCGUUGCCCCGAGACUCUCUUCCAGCCCUCCUUCAUUGGUGCGUAUUACUGAUCUCACCAGCCGUUUAUAUACUACACACGGUUAUCUUAAGUGGAGAUAAUCAUUGUGUAAUAACGUAUACGACUGCUGUGAAUUAGUUAGACUUCGUUAAAGUCAUCUAUGUGACGUAGGGUAACAGAGCAUAUGCCUGCGGGUAUUUUCACAAAACAGAAUCAAUGAAUUAUCCUGAUAUCCAGAUAGGCUUAACUAAACCCAUAUUCAGCUUUAGCUUUCAUUUAUCUUUGUAUUAUAUUUAAAUCAUAGGCCUUUCUGUGUGUUUAUAUAAAGUUUGCUGGUUUAGCUGACUAACAUAUUGAUGCUGCUUUUGAAAUACAACCCCAGCAUGUGAAGCAUGAGCUGCAGAUGCUUGUUGACAUAACUACUAUAACAAGAGGAGCUGUCCAUUUCAGCACCUGUUCACAGCCAACGCUCUAGAGGCCAACUGACCAACUACUGUAUUUUCACAGUUGAAUGUCAUAACAAGUGUAGCCUAUUUAUCCAGAGGGGGCUGGCUCAGAUUGAAAGAUAACAUAAUUUAGGUGUCACUACAGACCCGGGUUCGAUCCCUGGCUGUGUUACAGCCGGCCGUGACCUGGAGACCCAUGAGGCAGUGCACAAUUGACCCAGCGUCGUCUGGGUUAGGGGAGGGUUUGGCCGGCCGGGAUUUCCUUUUCCCAUUGUGCUCUAAUGACUCCUUGUGGCGGGCCGGGCGCCUGCACGCUGACUUCGGUUGCCAGCUGGACGGUGUUUCCUCCGGCACAUUGGUGCGGCUGGCUUCUGGGUUAAGCGAGCAGUGUGUCAAGAAGCAGUGCAGCUUGGCGGGGUCGUGUUUCGGAGGACACAUGGCUUUCGACCAUUCGCCUCUCCCGAGUCCGUAGUGGAGUUGCAGCGAUGGGACAAGACUGUAACUACCAAGUGGAUAUCACAAAAAAGGGGUAAAAGUACAACAAAAAAUAAGAUAAUUGAAAGAUAACAUCAUUGUCCUUUGGUAAACAGGUAUGGAAUCUGCUGGCAUUCACGAAACUACCUACAACAGCAUCAUGAAGUGUGACAUUGACAUCCGUAAGGACCUGUAUGCCAACAACGUUCUGUCUGGUGGUACCACCAUGUACCCUGGUAUUGCUGACUGGAUGCAGAAGGAGAUCACAGCUUUGGCCCCUAGCACCAUGAAGAUUAAGGUAAUGUUGAUUUAGACCUGCUGUUGUAGGAUUGUUCUUUAUUUUCAAUGUUCUAUUACAAUGUAUUUCCCAAAGGUUUAGUGCUAUGGGGCACAACUUUGAAACCCAAAAAUGUAACAAAGUCAGCUAUUUUCCUGCCCAUUUGAGAGUAUGGUCUAUUAUGUAAAUGUUAUGCACAUAAGAACAGAACAAUUUUUUCACUUUAUAAAACACCUUGCUAUUAGGCCACUAACCAAUGGCAUUAUCACUUGUUUGUAGAUCAUCGCUCCCCCCCCUGAGAGGAAGUACUCUGUGUGGAUCGGCGGCUCCAUCCUGGCCUCCCUCUCCACCUUCCAGCAGAUGUGGAUCAGCAAGCAGGAGUAUGAUGAGGCCGGCCCCUCCAUCAUCCACCGGAAAUGCUUCUAG